AUGUCUUACGGUGGUGGCUAUUACAGCCAUAGGUACGGGCAGCGAAGGGAACGGUAUGAAUCAUAUAGGCCGAAUCGCUCGGUAGCCCCUUCUCAAGGUGGGCCUCGAGACUCCAACCCGCUGCCUGUACAUUCACUACAUAUAGAUGAGGGAAAGCCCGAUCACCAUCGCUAUCAUCAUCAUCGCGAUAGGACAGAGUACACAAAAGGUUAUCAGGGGCGACUGUCGCGAUGGGAUUCUGCCGAAAAUUCAGGGCGAAAUACUCCUUUAUCUGCCAGUACCAAUGGUUCACAAUCUGAGGCUUAUUCUAAUACCAACACGAGAACCGGAGUUAAUCAAAGGGACUUGGAAUACAAUAAACUAGCUCACCAUCGUGAUUGCACAAGGAAUUUAGAGUCUUCAACAAAACUAGAGGGUGGCAAAAACUAUAAGGUGAUGUACGAUCCCGAACUAGAUCCUAGUCUAUCAAAGAGUGAAUCAAAAUUGAAGUCGAAAAAAGUACGAUUCAAUGGAGAAGGGGUUGACAAGCCUCAAGAUCCCCGACUACCGAGCUUGGCCAACUACUUACAAAAGCCAAACAAAAAGUCGUCCAAGUUCCCUUUCAAACAACUACCCCAAGCGAAAUUCAUAUAUGAUCUGGAUUCCAUAGGUGAAGCACCGCUCACUACAUUGGUAAUCUGGGAUCUUCCAAUAAGUAUCAAUGAAACCUUUUUGAAAAACUUUCUCGCAAGCUUUGAAUCCGGUAUAGAAAACCUCAAGACAUUUGAUGAUCCGAAAUACGGAGUUCCUUUAGGCGUUGCCACUUUCAAAUACCAAGGAAGCACUGAAAAGUCAAACUCAUUGGCAGAGAAGUUCAUUCAAACCGUUAAACGAGAUUCCAUAAAAAUUGAUGGGAAUCUACUAAAAAUUGCUUUGAAUGAUAAUCAAGAUGAUUUUUUGAAUCUGAAAAUAAAUUUAGCAAGAGGCAAAAUCAUUCAACAACAAAAAAAGAGAGAAGAGGAGGAAGAAAAGCGGCGAUUGGAGAAACUUGAGGAGCAGAAAAAACUCGAACAACAGAGAAUCGCAGAGGAGCAGAAAAAACUUGAAGAGGAGAGGAAGAAGAAGGAGGAGACUGAAAAAUUGCGGGAAAAGGAGCUCGAAAUAGCUGUGAUUUCUGAUGGUGGGACCACUCAUUAUCAGCGUGAUACCACCGUUUUGUCCAAGAGGCACGGCAACAAAGUUGUUCAAGGUAAUUUUUUGCCCGACGAUUUGAAAAAGUAUGUCAAGAAUCGGCCCUACCUACUUAUUCAUGACAAGUACGUCUCAACAAAGAAGGUAUCAUCGCAAGAAAUAAAACGAGCUUUUAAAAAAUAUGACUGGACUAGAGUUUUGUCUGACAAAACAGGCUUCUAUAUUGUGUUCAACUCCUUAAAAGAAUGUGAGAGGUGUUUCCAAAACGAGGAUUGUCGCCAUUUUUAUGAGUUCAGAUUGGUAAUGGAAAUGGCUAUCCCUGAGCACUAUCAGGAGGUUGAGAAGGAGAAUGACUUUAGCAAUAGUGUCAUCAAUGAAGCCACAAACAUUCUAAUCAAGGAAUUUGAAACUUUCUUGGUAAAGGACAUUCGAGAGCGAAUAAUAGCGCCGCAAAUUUUGAGUCUUUUGGAUCACGAUCGUUACCCAGCAUUGGUCGAAGAACUCAAGGCAAAAGAGAAAGAACAAGCAUUGAAGUCCAAGCUGGUAAUGUCAAAUAUGGAUUUGAAACAAAAUGCCAUGUCCAUUCUAGAGAAGCAGAAGAGGGAGUUGCAGGAAAAGAUUCCGUAUUUUAAAAGAGCUGAGGAAAGACUUAAAGAAAGUAGAAGGGGCAAUAAACGCCCGAUUAUUCCUAUGCUGCAUGCCUUGAACCUUGACGAGGAUGAGGAGGAGAUUGAUAAUGAUGACCUUUAUGAAUCGGUGAGUGGGUCCAUGACGCCCUUGGCUGAGCCACUAAAAAGAGUUCGUAGCUCAACUGCAACUAGCGUUGCUGAGGACUCUGAAAUUGAUGAGCCUGCUGCUAAACGACAAAAAUCGAAGCUACAGGUAUCAUAUGAUAUUAUUUCUUCUGGGGAUGAACAAAUGGAAGAUUUGGAAGAGCCAGAAGAAAUUGCAGAUGAAGAGAAUGAACCUGAGUCACAGACUGAUAUUGUGGAUUCAAAGUAUGGCCCUACUGAGGGUAAGCCAUCAACUGUGUAUCCAGUCUCUCUGACAUCCAUAAUCACUGACUUGAAGGGUCUUCAAGAAAACAUAGUCGAUGGUGAGGACUUGGAGUUAGCAAAUACGGUUUUAGCUGAUGUUGAGGGGGUUAAUUUGUCACAUAUAGACUAUUGGGCGUGGAAACAGAAUGCCAACACUACAGGUUCACUUGAGGUUGAUGAACAUGAAGAUAUAUUGGAAGAAUUGCCUUCUAGACUUGACUCAAUCACCGGCUCAUUCAAGAGUGAUGGUUUCAAAAAGAUUUCUGAAGUGGACAAAGUUGAGUAUUUGCCACAUCGUAGGAAGGCAAAUAAGCCUAUCAAGACUGUUCAGUAUGAAGAAGAUGAUGACGAAAAACCCGCUGACAGCAAUAAUGUGUUGCAAAGCUCCAGGGUCAAUAGGGCAAACAACAGAAGGUUUGCGGCAGAUAUUACCGCACAAAUCGGUUCUGAAUCGGAAGUGAUGUCCUUGAAUGCGCUCACCAAGCGUAAAAAGCCUGUCACUUUUGCUAGGUCAACAAUCCAUAACUGGGGUCUUUAUGCUAUGGAGCCUAUUGCGGCUAAGGAGAUGAUUAUUGAGUAUGUUGGAGAAAGAAUUCGACAACAAGUGGCUGAGCAUCGAGAGAAAAGCUAUUUGCGAACAGGUAUCGGUUCCUCUUAUCUAUUUCGAAUUGAUGAAAAUACAGUUAUUGAUGCAACAAAGAAGGGAGGCAUUGCUCGAUUUAUUAAUCAUUGUUGUAACCCGAGUUGUACAGCUAAAAUCAUUAAAGUUGAAGGUAAGAAGCGAAUUGUCAUUUAUGCUCUUAGAGACAUUGAAGCGAAUGAAGAGUUGACCUAUGAUUAUAAAUUUGAAAGGGAAACCAAUGAUGAAGAACGUAUUCGAUGUUUGUGUGGUGCUCCUGGCUGCAAAGGCUAUCUCAAUUGA